AUGUCUCGGAAAAUACUCCAAAAAUCGUAUCGAGAGCGUAAAUCUAUAAAUAGCAUCGCAGAAAAUAUGGGAAGAGAUUUUCCAUUACAUUUUUCAAAAUAUAAACGAAAAAAGCUUUCUAAUUCCAUCAAUUUAUGCAAUUCGACUCUUUCCAUUAUCCAUCAGCAAAUUUCCGGAUUGACGUCAUAA